CAGCUAAAGUGAAUGCAGAGAGAGAGGAGGGGAAAGCAGAGCUUAAGCGAAAGAAGGUUAGCCAGCAGCGAGUUAAGAAAAUGGCGAUCAUGCAGGACGGAUGCCUCCCCCCGUAGAUGCUGCAAACGCGUUGAAAUUCUUUUAGCCUUACAGCCGGCUUUCCUUUCCACUCUGUUGCACUUUAUACUUCAAUGAGAGAUUCGGAAUUGGAAGCUGUUGCCACCAAAGAAGCAGAAGCAUCUAAACAGGGAACACACCCAUAGAGGGAAGAACAGUGGAUGGAAGAGAGAGAGAGACGGAGCGUGUGAAGAGGAAGGAGGACAAGACGAUACAGGUCUGGUCAAAAGAUGAUAGCAGCAGUCGGGUCGCUGCCAGCUCCAGGGGCCCUCAUGAAAGCCGCUCUCAGAUGGGAGCAGGAGCAGAGAUGAACAAACUGUACUCUGUGUACUGAACGGUGGCAGUGAACGUACUUAUAUGGACGGGGUUGAGCCAUGUGCCAGAGCAGAUCAAGUGAAGGCAGAGUCCGACAUCUAAACCACACACCUCCCCCUUCCCCUUCCCCAAAAACACACUUGCACAUACACACGCACAUACACGCUCAUACCCACACACACAGUCUUCAGCAAUGCCAAGGAGGCCUCAUCAGCCUGCUGCCCACUCUGAAAAACCCCACCUCUUCACCUCAGAUCCUUGAGGCUGCGUCCUCCCAAUUUUUCACCUUGGACCUCCCCCUCUGUCGACCUGGGAACCAGAGGUCACCUGCUCGCCACUGAACGCAGGGACGCCCUCCUGCCCAGUCGGGAGCCGCUGCCAGGAGCCACACUGACAGGCAUGGCUCCCAUUCGGGAUUCCGUCAGCCACUCCCCUAAUCAAACAGGUCUGGAGCAUACUGGCUUGGACUCGCAGUAUGAGCCUUCCCCCUGGUCCUCUGGCUCUCCCUGCAGCAGUGACAGCAACAGCAACUGGGGCAAAGUCCUAGUGGAUGGAAGCACUGACAAACCCAACAACCCCUCUACAACUAACUCCUCCGUCUGGCCUCCCUCCUCCUCUUCAUUCUCCUGCUCCUCGUCUUCUUCCUCCUCUGGCUGUGGGUCAGGAUCAGACCCUGAGCUGGCAUCAGAAUGUAUGGACGCAGACUCUAGCUCCCCGAGCGGCUCGGAGAAAAACCUCGCGGGUGUGACACCAGUGAUGAUGAUGUCAGGAAAUGCUUCUCCUGCUGUGUCUUCUGCGGCUUCUUCCCCUUCCUCUUCUUUGGUGACUUCUGCAAUGAUGGUUGGUGUUUCAAUGAAUGGAGACAGCAACGGAAACAGUCGUCAGGUAAUUGGUGGAGGUAUGGGAACCAUCAGCGGUGCAAAUAAUGGAAAUAAUCUCAUUUCUGGGCCCUCCCUCUACUCCAUGGCGGGGUCCAGCAGUAUUGGCAGCAAUAACAUGGGUAACCACAACAACAAGCCCGUCAAUAACAGUGGUGUAUGGGGCACCCAAUCAGGCAGCAACAUGAUCCCCACUAGUGGAACCAACCCCUGCAUUAAUGGAGGGUUGAACCCAAACACUUUAAACCCAAAUGCCAACCACGGUGCCUGGCCGCAGAAUCAGACCCCAAGCCCAGCGUCCCAGGGCCAACGGCCUCCACAGGCUCAGGGGAUGAGUUCCAAACUGGGUAUGGCUCCCCAACAGGGCCCCAUGCUGGGCUGGGGUGGCAUGGCAGCUCCAAACAACAGCAGUAUGAUGGAAGACACAGAGGUGAAUAAUGGUACAGCAAGCAGCAAGGUGUUAGGAAGCAGCAACAGUGGAAAUGGUGGCCUACAGCCUACCAACCUUAACACUGAAUCCAAUGGACCAAAUAACACUAUGAUGAUGAAUACUACUACUACUACUACUAAUGCCACAAUGACCUCUAGCCCACCAAACUCUACCGCCUCGCCCCUGCUCAGCGGGGAUUGUUCCUGGGGCUCUAUUGGAGGAGGGAAUGGGGGUCCGCUGGCUAAUGGAAUCCCCUCAUCUGCCCCUCAGCAAGGUGAGCUGGGGGGACCUGGGGCCUUCGGUACGCCAUGGGGCACGACUACCUACCCUGGAGACAAGGGCCACCCAAAUGCAGACACUGUGAACCCCCCAAACCCUGCCUUAAUGCAGGCUGGGAACCCCCAAAUCUCCUCUACUGCUGCUAACAAGAGUAAUAAUAACCACAAUAACACUGGGGCCCCACGCUGGGACCAGGGGCCCCCGAAUAACCCAAACCAGCCCCAGAACAUGUCUUGGGGUGUCGGCUUAUAUCAAGUCCCUGGCUCCGGAGGCCAAACACCAGGAAACGGGAACCAAACUACGAUGGGCCCUCCAGCAGGGAUACCUCGCCCCUGGGGGAGCAGCGCGUCAUCUUCGUCUUCAUCCUCAUCAUCCUCUUCUACAUCCAACAACAAGAUGUCGAAUGGAGAGUGGGGAUCAGCAGCUCCCGGUAACAACCAUUCAGAUGCUGGAAGUCAUAAAGGAAGUGCCACCAACAAUGGCUGGAAGAGUCUGGAGGAUGACGCCAUGGGCAUGGGAGGAGUGGGAGGAGGUGGAGGCCACACCUUGGGAAGUGUCACUGGAGGCUGGGGCCGCUCAGGAGGGAGCGAGGGAAGCGGAGAGAGUUCUGGAGGCCGAUCCAGCUCAGACAGAGAGCAGUCGAAAGUGGGAAGCCGUAGAAAAGCUAACCAUACUGCACCAAUACUGUCAGCCGUGGCCCGGGGUGAUGUAGACCCGAGGGUUCUAUCCAACACUGGAUGGGGACAGACACCCAUACGGCAGAACACCGCCUGGGAUGUCAAUUCUCCUAACAAUCAGCACCAGGGUCUCAGAGGGGACGAACGAAAGCCAAACAGUGGAGGCUCUGGAUGGGGCACUGCAGCACCAGCAUCUCCCCAGACCUCUGGAGGUUGGGGAGGUGGGCCGGGCAGCUCUGGCCCAGGUCCAGGAGGCUCUGGUUGGGGAGAGCAGCCAAACUCUGGAUGGGACAGCAAACCUUCAGGUGGAGGAGCUGGACAGAGUGGCUGGGAUGAUGGAUCCAGCUACAAAGGGAACAACAGCAGCAACACCUGGAGCAAUAACAUCAACAAAGACGACAGGUCCAACACAUGGACUAAUGCCCCCAAACCUCAGACGAGCUGGGGUUCCAGCAGUGGAACUGGAAGUGAAGGCUGGGGUAGCAGUGGAGAUGGUCCCAGACCAGGAGCCAGCAACCACUGGGGAGAGCCCCAAAAGGGUGCUGGCUCAGUUGGCUGGGACAGUGACAGCGACCGCUCCGGCUCUGGAUGUUGGAGUGAGCCGAGCCGAACCAACACCAGCAGCAGCAACACCUGGGUCGGGAGUGGAGGAUCAAAUACUCCCGACCAGAGCACUCCUAACCCAGGAUCCAACUGGGGCGAAUCGGUCCACAAGCCCAAUCCUCAGAGUAACAGCCAGGGCUGGGGUGAGCCUAAGCCCUCCAACGAGUGGGGAAAAGGUCCAGAAUCCAACAUGGCCAGAGGCAAUCAAGGCGCUAACAAACCCACAGGCUGGUUAGGAGGCCCUAUGCCAACAGUAGGUCAGAAGGAGGAAGUGUCAACUGGGUGGGAAGAGCCUUCUCCUGAGUCAAUCCGUCGCAGGAUGGAGAUAGAUGAUGGGACAGCAGCUUGGGGAGACCCCGGUAAAUACAGUGGUGGAUCUGUCAACAUGUGGAACAGGACUGGCCAAUCAGCUCAGGAGGCACCACCCUCUCAGCAUCAGUCCCACCCAGCACAUGGCCCCAAGCAUCCUCUUCAGCCCAUGAACCCUCUGGCACAGGACAAAAGCACUUCAGGUUGGGGUGAGCCUUACCCAAAACAGAGGGAGUCUUCAACAUGGGGUGAGCCAACCAGCGCCCCACCUAUGACCGUGGACAACGGGACGUCUGCCUGGGGGAAGCCCAUGGACACCAGCUCUAACUGGGACGAACCCAGUAGGGGCAGCAGAGACUCUGGGUCUGGAUGGGGCGGCCAACAUAAGUCUGGUCCUAAGCCCAUGGAAACAUGGUGUAGCGAUGAUGUCUCUAUGAACAGCUGGGACCAGGAAGAGGAGGUAGAGAUCGGCAUGUGGAGCAACAGCCAACAGGACAGUCGAUCCCAUGAUCAAAACACCUGGAACUACAAGAAUAAAACCUCCAAUAAGAUGAACAAACCAGUCAACAAACAGGACGAUCCCUGGAUGAAACCCUUCAUCAACCAGUUCAACACCAUGAGCUUCUCUAGAGACUCUCCCGACGACUCCAUGAAAACCGGAGUAGGGAUGAUGCAGGACAAGCGUAUGGACAUGGGCAGCAUUGGAGACUUCAACGGAGUGAUGGGGAAGAACCCUGGGUCUCGACACCAGCUCCACAAGGAGUCUGCCAUGGAUCGCAGCCCUUACUAUGACAAGAAUGUAAACCCUUUGAUGGGUGGCAGCAGCGUAGCACAGGGCCGAGGUGGCCCCCAGUCCCAGGUCCCUCCCCAACCCAACCUUCGUAAUCAAGUGCCUCCCCCCAUCCUGCCCUCUCAGGUCCCUCCAUCCCUGCUGAAGUACCCAGGAGGAAACGGAGGCCUGAAUCCCUUGUUUGGCCCUCAGCAGGUUGCUGUGCUAAACCAACUAUCCCAGCUCAACCAGCUGUCACAGCUCAACCAGAUCAACCAGUUGCAGCGUCUUCUCCUCCAGCAGCAGCAGCAUCAGAAAGCUCAAAGCCAGAGAACCAUGCCAGUGGGACGGCCGACUGAACAGACACGCCCCAUUGGUUCGUCACCAUCAAUGAUGCAGCCACCGCGUCAUCUUGACCCCUCUCUGCUGAAACAGGCCCCGCCCCUCAAACCGUACUUGGAGAACUACUUGUCCCACAAUGCCCCUGAGAUGCAGAAAGAUGCUGCUUCUCUUGGACCCUUCAGCAACUUCCCUUUAAGCUUGAACUCUAACCUGAAUGUAUCCCUGGACAUGGGUGUUGGUGGUGGUAGUAGUGGUGGUGGAGCUGUGAGCUUCAAAGAGCCACCCCAGUCCAAACUGAAGAAACUUUGGGCUACUGACCCUCUGGAGCAGAACAGCAAACCUGGUGCUAUGUCGUCUGGGCUGCGUCUGGAGGACUCUCCCUUCUAUGACUACCUGUCUCCAGGCCCCUCUCCCCUGAGUCCUCCCGGCCAAUCAAUGGGCUCGGUGGGCGAUGGCUGGCCGCCCCGUGCCAAUUCCCCCCCGCCCCAUGGAAACACUGUCACCUGGCCCCCAGAGUUCCGGCCCGGGGAGCCUUGGAAAGGUUACCCCAACAUUGACCCUGAGACUGACCCUUAUGUCACCCCUGGCAGUGUCAUUAACAACCUCUCCAUUAACACCGUCCGCGACACAGACCACCUCAGGGACAGGAACAACGGGCCAUCCUCAUCACUGAACACCACGAUGCCUUCUAACAGUGCCUGGUCAUCCAUUCGUGCCUCCAGCCACAGCGGUUCCCUCACCAGUACAGCACAAAGCACUUCAGUCUUCUUCCCCACUGCAGCCAGACCCAAUGAGUCAAAAUGGUCUCCUGGCGGCGGUUCUGUGUCCAACUCCUCCCUGGCCCACGAGCUGUGGAAGGUCCCCCUGCCUCCAAAGGCUCUGUCUGUGGCAGCCCCCUCUAGACCCCCGCCUGGCCUCACCAGCCAGAAACCAAGCUCUGCCUCCUCCGGCUGGGAUGGCUCUGCCCUGAGGCUGGGGGCCUGGGCCUCCUCUGAGUCCAGAUACACACCCGGUUCCAGUUGGGGUGACAGCAGCUCAGGGAGAACCCAAUGGCUUGUUUUGAAAAAUCUCACACCGCAGAUUGACGGCUCCACCCUGAGGACUCUGUGUAUGCAGCACGGCCCUCUAAUCACAUUCCACCUCAACCUGCCACACGGCAAUGCUGUGGUCUGCUACAGCUCUAAGGAUGAGGCCGCCAAGGCCCAGAAGAGCCUGCACAUGUGUGUUUUGGGGAACACUACCAUUCUGGCUGAGUUUGCCAGCGAGGAGGAAAUCAACCGUUUCUUUGCACAAGGGCAGUCAUUGGCCACCCCCUCCUCCAGCUGGCAGACCAUCGGCUCCUCCCAGAGCAGGAUGGAUCAGUCCCACCCCUUCCCCAGCCGCGCUCCUGAACCCAGCCAGUGGAACAGCAGCGACCUCCACACCUCCUCCCUCUGGGGCGGGCCAAACUAUUCCAGUAGCCUGUGGGGGAGCCCGAGCGGCACCGAGGCGGGCCGGAUCAGCAGCCCCUCUCCAAUCAGCUCCUUCCUCCCCGUGGAUCACCUGACAGGGGGCGGGGACUCCAUGUGAGCCGCCUGCCAAUCAAACAGGUGUCAAGGAAGGGUCAGUAGAGAAACUAUCAAUAAUCAGCAGAAGAAAAAUGAAAAAAAAAGUAGGUAUAAACGCAAUGGCACUAGUCGGACUCUUUCUCACUUACAAGAUAUUCAACAAACGGGGUCUCCCCUGUGGAAAACAAGUUACGUUUCUCUCUCUGCACAUAUGUCCACUUUGUUUUAGCCCAAAAACAUAUCAGUUGGAAUACUUGAAUCAUGCAGGCCAAUUCUAUAAUGUGAACAGAUGGAUAUUUGCUUCCAGGUAGUGCUCUUUCAGACCGAAAAAAGCUUCAAUCGAGCUCAUUAUAUUAUAUAUAUAUAUAUUUUUUGUUUCAUUUGUCAUGUUUAUUUGAAUUCCAAUUCUUUUCAUUUUUAACGUUUUCUUUUUGUUUUCUUUUAAUUUUUUUGCAUUUGUUGGCUGACAAUGUUGGAGUAUGAGCUUUUUUAACUUUGCACUGAAUGUGGUUUUUUCUCAGUAUAUAUAAUCUGCAAUAUAGAGGGAGCAGCCAGUUUUUCCAGUGUAGCUGUUUACUCAUUGCGGUCCUUACCGUAUGUGCGUAUGCGUGUGGAAGUACUUUGUGUGUGCGUGAUUGCGUGUGUGAACGAGUACGUGUGCGCUCCUCUCUGCCUUGGCACGCCUACCUUACUGCGUUGUCGUGGAGUUCAAGAUCAACAGAUAGUUGAAGAAGAAUAAAAGCUGACUUAGGAGGAUUAUCUGGUGAUAGUUAACGUGACAUUAAAAAGUAUUGCACCAAUUUUGUUUUAAAACUAAAGAACGUCGAGCUCUGCAGUGCAAAGGACUGUAGCCGCAGCUGGGACUAGCAAGCCCCGCCCGCUCUGAAUCUCGCCGGCGGGGCCUAUCUAGCAAGCCCUCCCUUUUUGCCCUAAUGUGGGCGAGGGGGGAACAGCACUUUCAGAAUAGGCUUUCAAUGUUUUGGAGGUGCCACACUGCAACCUCUUGUUUACAAGACUUAGGAGGCGGAAGGUGUGUUCAUUCUUCAUUUUAAAGAGAAGAUGGAAUAAAAAAGAAAAUACAAAAAAAUAUUAAAACAGUGAAAAAAGCUUUAAAAAAUCUAUAAAAUAAAUAAAAAACAAAAAAAUUAAACUCUUAUUGAGGAUGAAGACGAUGCUUUGUAACUCUGGGAAUUCGGAUCAGUGUUUUUGGCCAUGGCGUUGGUUAUUUGAACUAUUCCUCUUUGUCUGCUAAAUAACCAGCAAUGGUUCUCAGGAAAUCAAGCCAGUUUUCCCCCCCUUGUAGGUGAAUUUAAAAAAAAACUACUACUCCUUGUAGGAAAGGAAAAUCCAACUUCUAGCACUGAAAACUAUGUAUAGGUCUGUAAGUUUAUUUCUCUGCCAAAUAACUGCUUUAAGCUGGAGAAGCUCAACACACUGCUUUCAAUAUGCUGUCUUUUGAGGGAGGGGGGGGUCCUUAUGUUCGGGGCGGGGAGGGGAAACGGAGGACGGGCUGUAAUAACCCCCUCUCUCCUCCUCUCCUCCUCCUGUCCUCCACUCCACUGAUGUUAAAAAUCAAAAGUGGGGAGUGUUUUAGUGUGCGUGAUUGUCAGUUCUGUCUUCUUGUCAGACUUAUAAACCAAGAGAAAGGCGAAUCUGUAUCUAUGCAUACUGUAGCCUCUCACAUGGCCUACCGAGAGGCGUUUAUUUUUUUUGUUCCGGUGUCUGAAAAUGUUUUAAAUGUUUCAUUAAGUACAACAACUUGCUUUUUUGUUGUUUUAAUCACUCUCAUUGCCACAAAUGGUGUUUUAAAAAAAAGGAAAGAAAAAACCUUUAAAAAAUCUUGUUUUGGUUGAAGAUACUAUUUUAACAGUGCAAAAGUCGUCCACAUUUCAUUGCCUUGAUCCUAAUUGUGUCCGAAGAUGCAACAACAAGUCAAGUGGCUUCUACCUGUUUACAAAUAGAAUAUGAUUGUAUUGUUGUACUGCUUUUUUUUUUCCUUUGGGGUGGGGAGGGAGGGGUGUUCUCAUCUGAAGUUCCUGACCUUAUGAAUUGUGAGUGUCUGUGCGGACGUGUGCGUGUUUGGAUGCAGAUGUGCGAGGGAGGGAGUUUGCGUGAAUGUAAACCCAGCAGUGUUGUUCGUUGACAACAUCCACGUGUGAACGCUAGAUUCACCUUUCUACCAGUGAUUGUUUAGUUACUACGAUGCACAAAUAUUUGGGGGAUAAAAGAAACAAAAAAGCUUCAGAGAGCGCGUGUGAACGAGAAGUCAGCAUUAGCGAAGCCAUGGACCUUAAUUUCUUUUCUUCAUUGUGUUUAUUAUUCUGCCUGUUGUGUGCGUUUGUGUGUUCCCCACUACCUGUAGAGGUUUUAAUUUCAGAAGUACGUCGUCUUUAGUCGUGUUUUUAGCCAUGUAUGUUUAACAACUUCAAAGCAAACGUAGUGAGGCAGAACCUUGAGUAUUAGCCAGACUUGACAUUGGUGUGUGCCAGUAUUGAACUGCUCUCUACCAAAUAAUUUAAAGGAUUAGUUUACUUAAUUCCAGAUCUCAUUGCUUAAACUAUAUAUAUAUAAAUAUAUCUUAUUUGUAUUUGUUUUGUGUCUUGUUAAACAAAUGUUAUCAAGUGGAACAUCUGAACCGUGUUUGUUUGUUUUUUGAGUUUAACUUAAUUUGACAAAUUGAACUGAGGAGCCUUGGAUUUUGCACUUGUGUGGUUAGGAGGAAAGGCCGAGCGGACGCAUAGGCGUGGAAGGCGUCAGCGGUGGUGCAGUUUGCAUUUUUUAGGUCUCUUUGAAGGAAGAGGGCAGGGUCAAAGUGUUCGUGUUGUGAGAUGGUGCUUCAUUGGCUCCAGUGAGAGAGCGAGAGAAGAGGAGAGGGCGCCAACGGCGAGCGCCUUCAUCUCGAAGUUUACCUCUCCCUGCUCACUGGGCCGGUUUGUCGUCACAGGAUGUAGCUAAAAAACGGUUUAAAAAGUCAAAACGACAGUCUCAAACUCGGAGAUUGGAGAAACAAUAAAGCAACUACUGCUCUGCUAGCGUUCCGACCACCCCUGGUAGACGCUCAGGUCUUAAGAUUGACUGAAACGAGGCGAGGCUUCUCGUCGGGCCCCGUGGUGACUCAGGCAAGGGGGAUGUGACUUGUGAUUGGCUUUUCAGGGACACAGGGUUACACUUGCCUCUUUUAUUCUGGCUUAUCCAGGAUCAGCUCCCUCUCCGAACUCCUACCGGAGAGGAGGCGCAAAACUGACAGGAGGUUGGAGGCAAGUGAACACUAAAAAUAGUCGUUAUUCCCUUUAAAGGGAUAGUUUGGUGUUUUGAAGCAGGGCUGUAUGAGGUACUUAUCAGUAAGAGGUAUAUUAGCCACAGGAGCCGUUGGUCAGCUCGGCCCCCUUUAAUGAGAAACCAGCAGGAGUAGUAGCUGGUACAUUAGCACACAGAAUUUUCAGGGAUGUACCAUAUUGUAUUCUUGCAGAUAUUUACAAAAUUAAGCAAAUUUCAGUACUGACAGCAAAGAAAAACUUAAGCUUACGUAGGUCUUUUUGUCCUGCUUUAAAUCCACAAACCUAUUGGCACAAACGGCAGACAUUUACAGCAGGUAUGGGCUGAUACUUACAGCUCAUACAUCGGUUGCUAAUAUUUGCCGUUAACGAUGUCAUGCUGAUAAUAUCGUGCAUCCCUGAUAGUUUUGCUGGUUUCAAGAAAAAAAAAACGAGCUAAAAGCAAUGCUAGGGAGGAUGUUCACUUCAUAGAAGCAAUUACCUUGCUGUUAACGAGUCAUUUUGUUCUAGCACACCACAUAGCCUGUAUUCUUCCGCCAACAGUGCACUGAUCAGCUGUUCAAGUCUAUUUUGCAUCUCUCAGUGUGACUGAUAAUUUUACUGUGAAUUUAGACAUUACCACGUUGCAAUUUCGGAUGAUUUGAAGUAGCAAAUUUCUAAAAGUUAUGCAGCUGAUAACAUAUUUGUGGCUGUAAAAUCUGUAAAUCAAGCUAAUUUUCCUAUUGUGUGGACCUGGGGAUGUGACUUUAUGCAAUAGAAAGCAUCAGUAUGAGCCAAAAAUGUCCUAAAAAGACAAUUCCCUCUUUUCUCAUGUGCUAUAAUUUUUGAUAUUUUGACAAAGGUCAUUGUAGCAGGGAACUCUGGAUGGUGAGUGAUGCAGGCUGCAGGAUCCUGUGACCCAGAAAGGUCCAUAAGUAGGCUUUUACCAAGCCACACUCUUAGCUCUUGGGGUUUGUUGAUACCAGCUCACAGUUUACACAGGCGACUUGGGAUCCAACUUGUCCUUCAGUUUCCCUCUUUCACAGUUUUCAUACAUGCAACCCAGAAAUUAUUAGGGUAUUUUGCUUGUUCAUACUUGUCCGUCAGCAGGAAGUUUGCCUUUCAGGGAGGGCUAGCUGGAAAAUUUCAGGGUGGAAAACCCUGAAAUUUUGCAUUAAGACAUGCAGCUCACCCAGGCAAAUUCAGGAAAAUUUCAGAAGCUUUGCACAAGUGUGAACAAUGCUUUUAGGACUUGUUCAGUCUCCUUUUGCAGACAUUUUUCUUCUGUUUGCUCCAGUCCGUAAAUUAUCCACAUGUCCACAGUGAUAAGCGCAUCAUAUUUGCUAUCAGCUUGGUUUUAUUUUGUCUCUUUUGAAGUCUGUAGAUUCAAAAUGAUGAUCAGUGCAUUCCAGUUGGAAGAACACUCAGGCUAUGUGGGAUGCUGAAAUAGAGCAAAAGCAAAAGUGCUUUCUAGCAACAUGCUAGCAGCAUUAAAUUUACCCUGCUGUAGGCGAAGAUGGCCUUUUAGUUAGGUCGCACUUCACACAUGGAAGCUUGUCUUGCAAGCAGACAGUGCAGGUUUGAAUCUGACCUGUGGCUUCUUUCCAACAUGUCAUUCCCCACUAUUCCUUGUUUUCAACACUUAACUCAAUCCUGUUCUCCCCCCAGUGAAGUACAAAGUACAGCCUAGCUAGUGUGCUUGCACUUCGGCUGGUCUCUACUUUAAGAGGCCAAGCUGAUCGACAUCUCCUGUGGCUAGUAUACUCACUUUUGACAAACUUGCACAACUUCACUUCAGAGCAACCAAAUUCUCCCUUUAACACUCGCUGAAAUUAUCUUACACUUCGUUCAUUCUGGUUUACUCGAUGCCUUUUCAAAGCACUGAUCUCAGAGCAGGUUUUUCCCCUCUUUAGUAUAUUUACCUUAAACAUUAGUGGGACAAAAACUGACCUCAGAUCAGCCGCUGCGUCGGCAUCGCUGCUGUUAGAGAAGGGACAAGCAACGUCUGUAAACCGCCUCUCUUUGUUGAUGUUACUGUUUUGGUUCCAAGCUUAAUCUCGCUCUUUCUUGUUUGUCCGAUCUACUGUUCCUGUGUGUGUGUCCGUGUAUGUGUCGAACACAUUAUCAUGCCAAAUCAAGGAGGGAGGGUGAGAGGGAAGGAAAGGGAUUGAAUUUUCUUUUUUUCUGGUUCUUGUUGUGUAUGUGUGUAUUUAAAAAGCUGGACAAUUUUAAAUGCUUGAAGAAAAAAAUGUCAUUUGCAAAAAGGAUGAUGUGAGGAAAAUCUUUUUAAGUGAAAACCACCACGAGCAAUGUACAAUCCCCACGGGCGGCUGCCAAGCAGCUUCCUGACAGGGCCAGACGAGGGGAGGAAAGACGAUAGGAAGGAAAGGAAAGGAGCGAAGGAGUGGAGGGAAGCUGGCUGGUGAUACUACUUUUUAAAUGUUUAAGAAAAAAAAUAAUAAUGUGACUUUAGUUUUUCUCUCGACUUAACUAUCCUGUGAGCAAAUGCUAUGCUAUAUCAUAACACAACACACCCAACAGCUCCUUAUGUCGAUCAAAAGAAAGCGCUGAAGCUAUUUUUUUGACACACAAACUUAAAAAAAAAAAAAAAAAACACAAAAACUGUGAGAAUCUGCUGUUUUUUGUCAUUCUACAUUUAGUAUGAACACAAACAAACCCUGAAAAGCUUUAGUCUAACCAGCACAAAGA